UAUGAAGUGGUAGAUUUAACUCAAGAAGGUUUAUUAUUUGAAGAUUCAAGUCAGGCAAGCUAUUCUUAUAUAUUAAUUGAAAAAUCAGACCAGGAAGGCUAUUCAUCUGCUGAAGAUUCAAAUAAAAAAA